GACACCAGUUUCGAGGACAAUCUUUAGGGGCCUCGUAACCACCGUAAAUUAGUAUCUUCGUUAUCUCUUUCCGUUGUUGAUUUCGUCUCGAGGCUCCACUACUGCGUAGCGAAGAUUGCCCGCACACGAGGAAAACGCCUCGCCACAGACUAUCAAUAUUUUGUAGGGUAGUGCUAGCUGAAGUCUGUCGUCGUGUCCUUGGACAGCUAAACAGGAGCGGGAAGCUCGAUAUAAGAAGGCAUAUCCUACCUGGGCGAUCAGUUGCCGAAGACAAUCGAUCUAUCAGUAGUGUCAAAAGAUCAACGGACCUCUUUGGGUCAACAUGGUUUCGCAGGACAAAGCGAACCUCACGAGGGUUCGGGAUAACCAACGGAGAUCUCGCGCCCGGCGAAAGGAAUAUGUACAGGAGCUCGAAAAGCGGCUGAGGAUUUGCGAACUACAAGGCAUCGAGGCGUCCUUCGAGAUCCAGCAAGCCGCUCGAAGAGUCCUCGAAGACAACAAAAAGAUGCGGAUCUUACUCAACAGCAUAGGAUUCCGUAACGAGCGGAUUACUAAUUUCCUCCACACCGGUAGCCUUGACCCGACUGAAGUCCAUACGCCCAGCCACCCAGAUGGCCCCGAAGACACGGUUCAGACGUUGGAACUCCUCUUAGCACCUCGCCAGCCGACACGGUUUGACUCUAGCCCACAUACGGCGGCCCCUGCACCAGUUGCUACUAUAUACAGUAACGCCGGAAACGGAUUCGUCACCCCCAUGGGGCCUAGUCAGGAGAAACUCGAAGUACUACCUCCUAAGACUAGCACGCAGGCCCAGUUGCCAACUAGUCCGGCGUUGUCAGAGCCGAUUCUCUUCGAGUUCGAACCUCAAAGAUAUUCACGACCUUUCGUACCUGGCACUGGCCCCAGCCAACCCCUAGGUGAACCACCGGCGGAGUUCGCUGUGCCCCCGGAUAGGCCUUCACUUGUUUCAGCAUUCCGGCUUGGCGCGAACCCAAGUGGUCAAGAUUUCAUGUACUGCGGGCACGAUCCGAACUUCCAGCCGCGUUUCGAGGAAAACGACCUUGCAGAUUCAUACCCAAGCCUCCUGUCUCCGUCCAGGAGGGCUAACAGUUCUGUUUCAACGCCUAGCAUAUUCACGACCACCACACAUAAAGACCAGAAAAUUUUCACUCCUGAGAAAUAUCCUAACGAGGUGCAAUAUGGCAGCACGGGUCACCUAACAUGUUCACCAGGCGGGGCUUACCAAGCCGGCUAUAUAAAUGGAAAUUGCUCCUCUAUUAUCGUGUGACGUGAGAGAGGCAGAGACCGCGCCAAUGAAUGGUCCUAGUCAGAUAUUACACUACCGCUUAGACGAUUCAAACCCACAUUCCAGAGACAAUGUCUACAGCCAACCGCAUUUGGCCUCUCGGGAGAAAACUACGACAUGGGUCUUUGUCUUGUAACGGCUGAGACAUUUCUUUUCUACAGACAAUAACUACGAAAGCGAACACUGGGGCUUCCGACCGAAGGCUGUUUUCAGAGAGAUUGAUGGGAUUUCGUUAUGUUCAAAGCCGAGUACCAUCUCUUUGUCUGCACCCGAAUUGUCUACAAGAUGGAGAAUACAGAACGUCAAAUAGUUGUUCGUAACCCUCGAGAGCAUACUGCAAG